AUAAACGUCAAAUAUUUUUGUGAGGUUAGGAGGAUUAGCUUCUUGGUUGUUGUUAAAAUUUCCUUAAAAAAGAAAUCAUUUGAAAAGCAGCUCCUAAAAUAAAUAAAAAUGAGUUACUUUGGUCUUGACCGUAUUUUUAAGUUGAUGAAAACCAUAAAAGAUUACGGAGGCCUCAGAGCUUCGCUUUACAAACUUUAUAGAAUAGAUAACUUGCGGCCAGGAAGAUUGGUGGCUACUGACAAGUUUGGUAACAAAUAUUAUGAAAACAACGCGUAUUUCUACGGCCGUAACAGAUGGGUCGAGUAUGCCCCGAAAUAUGGCUUAGAUUACGAUGCCAGUCAAGUUCCAGCUGAAUGGUAUGGUUGGUUGCACUACAAAACCGACUAUCUGCCAUCAGAAGAUCCCGGCAGGCCUAAAUAUAAAUGGAUGGCGGAAUAUACAGAAAAUUUAACAGGAACUAAACUACAAUAUAUGCCCUAUACUACUACCAAUCCUAAAAUUCAGGCUUGGGUUCCACCUUCCAAAAAGUAAUUCGUAUUUUCGAGCAUAACAAAUAUUUGUACAUAGAGUUUAGAAAUGAAAUAUAGAAAUCAAAUUAAUUAUAAAGACUUUUUGAGAUUUAGUUUGGCGAUUGCUUUGUGGUGAUACACCUUUAUGUUUCAAUACCAUGUCUAUCUCACUACUACUACUACUGCAAUUUAAUCGACAUUAGGGACAAGCUCCUGAGACUUGAUAGGUUUGAUACUGAUCCCAGCUCAUCAAAUGCGGCGAAGGAAUGGUUUCACUGGAAAACUACAGUCCAGAACUUCAUCUUGUCAGUAAAGGAUGUGUAGAGGAAGCACAAAAGCUGCAGCUGCUCACAAACUAUGGAAGUCACAACUUGUUCGAAUACAUUUCUGAAGCAAAAACCUACACUGUGGCUGUGAGUAUUUAAACAUCUAUAUAAAACCACAAAAUGAAGCAUUUGCAAGACAUAUUCUUUCUACGAGGAAACAUCAGCAUGUAGAAAACAUGAGCCAGUACAUUCAAAUUUUGAAUCACCUCAGCAAACAUUGUAAUUUCAAAAACGUAACUGCCAAAGAGCAUCGCGAACUUUCCAUUAGAGAUGCAUUCAUUAGCAACUUAUUGUCAAAUGAAAUUCUUCAACGCCUCUUGGAAAAGGUAAUAUAACUUUAGAUGAAGUAACAUCACAAGCUUUAUCUCUUGAAUCUGCUCAAAAACAUUCUGAGGUAGGUAUACCAAAUAGCUUCAACAAGCUUCAUCAAUUCUAGUAAUGCGGAAAAUCUUUAAGUGCAGCAACAAAGAUACACUUUUUAGAGUGCUACCGGGAAAUUUUCUACAUGCUAUUAUUGUGGAAUUAGAAACUCAAACUUCUCUACGUACACAAAGCAAAGGUGUGUUGUUAACCUCAACAUUCUUGAUCAUCAGUAUGCAAACGUAAAAGUUUCAAUUCUACCAUACCUCUGUGCUGAUAUUAUCGUUGGUAAUGACAUUUUUAUUUUUGAGCAACAUAAAACGUUGACCGUUUAUUUUGGAGGACGAAAAUCUGUAUGACUGUACUUGAAACAAAGCUUUGUUUUCUAGCUCCUGCUGAAAUUAGACCUCCACAAUUAAUCGCAAUCGCAAUGUAAACCAAUCGCUACAAAAUCGAGAAAAUUUUCACAUGAUGAUGCCAAAUUUUUUUCAAGUAAAGUACAAAAGCUUCUUUCAGAAGGUAUCAUUGAAGAAAGUACGUUUUCCUGGCGAGCAUAAGCUGUGGCACAAGUUCUUGUGACAAAGGACGAAAAUCAUAAAAAGAGAAUGGUUGUUGACUAUUCUCAAACAACAAUCAAUACUUAUCUUGAUGCUUAUCCUUUACCUAAUAUCGGAGGGUUGGUACGAACAGUCUCAAAGUUUGACGUUUUUAGCACUAUUGCCCUAGAAAGUAUGUAUCACCAGUUCCCUAUAAGAAAUGAUAAAAAACAGUUUACUGCUUUUGAAGCUGAUGGAAACUUGUACCAGUUUAAUUGUAUCCUUUUUGGAGUGACUAACGGCGUAGCUUGUUUUCAAAGAGUCUUUGAUACAAUAAUCAGGCAAGAGAAUCUAGAAGUCGUCUAUGUAUAUUUCGAUGAUAGGUUGUAUAUAUUUCAGACUUAAAAUAGAGUUUCAUAGCGUUAUCAAAAUCUUAAAUCUAGGUUACAAUCAAUUCCAAUUACAAUUAUUAAAAUACUAUAUCACUUAAUGGGUAUAUCAUAUCUGUAUAAAAAAUUUUAAUCAUUCUUUAUAAAAGAACAGUAACAAGAGAUAUUUGUUUCAUCUUUUAACAGCCGUUUUCUGAGGGAAAUCAAAGUCGGUACAGUUUGUUCCUCAUACAUUUGAUAAAUCUUCCUUCUCAAUAGAUCUAUGUCAUUUUGGUCAAUGCUUCUAAAUAAGAUAAAGGAGUUUUUGUUAAAGUAGACGUCUCUGCUAAUGCGUUCGUUGAAUUAAAAUUUCUACUCAACAAAGAUUGAUACACAUUUUUAAUUAUUUGUUUGGCAUCGAUAGAUAAAUGCUUUCUUCGAAAAAUGUCACUUGAAGAUGCCCCCCUAUCAGUACACUCAAAAGGACGCCACAUAAUACCACAGAUAAGUCCAACUGAAAACUACUCUCUGGAAGACUACUAAAAACUAAAAUUAUAAAAUCAGUUGCUACUAUUUAUAUUUUGGUUAUUUUGACCUGAUAUGCAAUAUAGACAUAGAUAUUCUCAAAACUCAGAAUAAUCUAGGUUAUCAGGUAUGUAACAUACCUACCUGUUAUAAAUAGAAUUUGUGAUAAUUACCUGAGGAUCCGGCUCUGCUCGAAAAAGGUUUAAAUUUGGGGUUUUAUGAUUUAUUACUUGGUCAAAAGGAUAAUGGGUGUUAAUUUAUUGCAGUAAGAGUCAACGGUAUAUUGUUGCGCGUACUAUACUAAGUAACUAUGGACAGUUAAGACUAUUUAAAACAAGUUAAAAAUCCAAAUCUGUGAUUUGAUAUUGCAAAAAUUCUUCUAUCGAAUAAAAGCACUUACUUAACAAGAAUUGCUUGAUUUUAUUUUUAAAUGGCUUUAUUGAAAUGUUUCGUAUUGUAGGGGGCAGUUUGUUGAAAAAUGCGGGUGCAUAAUAUCGCGUUGCGCUCCAGGAGGUUUUUAAGCGCGAAAAGUCAAUCUGCACGUUAUAACGUUGGCGAGUGUUGUAAUUAUGGACCUCUUCGGUACGAGUGUAGUUUGAAGAGUUGUUAUGAAAAUAUAGUAGAUACUCUAGGAUAUAUUGUGCUGGAAGAGGUAAUAUUUUGAGGACCCUAAAGGAUGGUUUGACAUCAUCUCGGUAUUUGAUGCCGGCUACAAUUCUCACUGCUCUUCUCUGCAGACGAAAGAUGCGAGAGGUAUGACAUGAGUGUCCCCAUGCUAGGAGUCCAUAGACGCUCACUGAAUGAAAUAGACCAUAAUAUGCCAUUUUUGAUGUUUCUUUAUCUACAAUUUUCGAUAUAUUACGAAGAACAUAGAUUGCGGAGCAAAGUUUUUUUGAAAUAAUGUUGACAUGCUGCUCAGAAGUCAGCUUCGCCUCCAAUGUAACUCCUAAAAAUUUGAUUUUUUCUGGGUUGUCUUGAAUUGUAGUUUUCUUGAGAAAGAAGAUCAUGUUUUCUGUUUUGCUUUGAUUGACAUUCAGUAGAUUGGAGUUGAACUAGUCAACAGCAGUUUCGACAUGUCUCGUCAUCUCCGUUUUGGCAACGUCCAGUGUUUUGGCUUUUAUGGAGAGUCCAUUAUCGACCGCGUAGAUAACAACCUGGCAUCCGGACAGGGCAGCUGCAAGGUCAUUUAUGUAUAUAAGGAACAACAGUGGGCCCAGUGCCGAUUCCUGAACCACGCCGUGCCUCAUGACUCUCUCCUCUGAGCGCCUACCCUCCAUCUCCGUGAUCUGCCUUCGUCUCGAGAGGUACCCAAAUAUCAGUUUCACGCUGAAUUCACAGAGCCUGUAGUAUUUUAAUUUUUCUAUUAGGAUAUCAUGAGAUACACAGUCGAAGGCUUUGGAGAGGUCACAGAAGGUGGUGGACACAAUCUGCCCCUCCUCCAAAGCCCCCAACUAUGAAAUCACAUAGGUUUAGUAUUGCCCCAGUGGAGGUUCUGCCCUUUCUAAACCCAAACUGCUCCUCUAUGAAUAAGUUGUUUCCCUCAAAGUACAUGUUGAGUUGGUCCUUCAAGAGAACCUCAAGGAUCUUGGAGAAGACAGGGAUCAAAGAAAUUGGUCUGUAAUUUGAUGGUGAUGUUUUAUCUCCACUUCUGAAGAUUGGCACAGUUUUACUAAUUUUGAGCUCUUCAGGGUAAACACCUUCUUGGAUACACUUAUUGAAAAUAAGUAUAUGUAUAGGUAUAACAAUUUGUGGAGAGAAUCAAAAAGAACACGAUAAGAAUCUAUCAGCUUUUCUGGCAGCUGUUAAAAAGUAGAACUUAACCUUGAACUUAACUAUGAAUAAAAGUAAAAGUUCGUUGAACAAAAAGACAAUUAAACUUGAUCCUGCAAGAUCUCUACAGACUCUGCCAGUACCAACUGAUAGAGCUUCACUUCGAAGAGCUGUGGGCAUGAUCGCUCAUUACUCUGAAUGGAUACCUAAAUUCUCCAAGAAAAUUCAUAGAAUUGUUAGUACCAGAAACCUUCCUAUCCUAUGCAAGAGCCUGCUAUCACCGAUUUCCACAACUUGAAAAC